CCUGCCUCGAUCGAGGAGCGGCGGCGGCGAUUGCUUCAGGCAGAUGGGGCUCAUCGGCGAUCCGCCCUCGCUCCGUGAAUCGCCGAUCCGAUCGAGAUCCGACGGCGAUCGAGGCGUAGAGUUCGAGGUUUCGAGAUCUGUUCAACGGUCUAGAUCCGAUUGCUCUGUAGAUCUGACUCCUGUACAUAAACCUCAACAGCAAGGUCAACAGCAGCAGCAGAAUCUUGAUGAAGAAUCUAACGGCGACGGUAACAGCAACGGCGAUGUGGAUUUGUGUUGUACGAUCAAGAAUCUUGAUAAUGGAGAGGAGUUUGUAGUGAAAGAGGAUGGAUUGUGGAAUAAACCGAGGGAGGUUGGAUCCGGGCGGCAAUUGACGAUGGAGGAGUUCGAGAUGUGCGUAGGUCGAUCUCCGAUCGUUCAAGAGCUGAUGAGACGGCAGAAUGUCGAGGAUUCUGGUAGCAGUGGGGGUUCUGGCAAUCAAAAUGGUGGCUUGAGAGUGGGGCCUAGGGCAAAUGUGGGAUUGAGGUGGAAGAAGAAAGGGGGAUGGCUUAAGAGUAUCAAGAACAUUGCUGGAAAUGUGGUUGCUGGAGGGUAUUAUAGGGAGAGAAGGAGUAGCGAUGAGAAGGAUUCAAGCUCGGAGAAAGGAGGAAGGAGAUCGAGCUCAGCGACUGAUGAUAGUCAAGAUGGAGGAUCACAUUCAGUUCAACAUGGUCCAGAGAGGAUUAGGGUUCGGCAGUAUGGGAAAUCUUUUAAGGAGUUUACUGGACUUUACAUGACUCAGGAGAUUCAAGCUCAUACCGGGUCAAUUUGGAGCAUUAAAUUCAGUUGGGAUGGGAAAUAUCUCGCAACUGCAGGUGAGGAUUGUGUCAUUCAUGUUUGGCAAGUUACAGAGUUUGAGAGGAGGGGGGAUUUUGUAAUUGAGGGAGGGGUAGGUGAGAGUGUGCAUUGCAGCCCCUUUGUGAAUGCGGGUAGUAGUGAGUCACCGGAGUCAGCGUUGGCAUUGGCUUGUAUUGAGGGAAGCCAUUGGGAGAAGAAGAGAAGGGCAAGGUUGUCAAAUAGCCGGAAGUCAGUGAGCUCUGAUCAUUUAGUUGUGCCUGACCAGUUAUUUGCACUUGGGGAUAAGCCGGUUUGUUCUUUUAAAGGGCAUCUUAAUGAUGUUCUCGACCUCUCAUGGUCAAAAUCAGAGUAUUUGCUUUCAUCUUCAAUGGACAAAACAGUUAAGCUGUGGCACUUGUCUAGCAAUUCUUGCUUGAAAACGUUCUCACACAUUGACUAUGUGACAUGUAUCCAAUUCAAUCCUGUUGACGACAGAUACUUCAUUAGUGGAUCUCUUGAUGAAAAAGUCCGUAUAUGGAGUAUACCAGAUGGAAAAGUUGUGGACUGGAAUGAUCUUCAUGAAAUGGUUACAGCUGCUUGUUAUACCCCUGAUGGACAGGGCGCAUUAGUGGGUUCGCACAAGGGGAGUUGUUAUAUUUACGAGACAUCUGAUAAUAAACUCCAUCAGAAAGGUCAGGUUGACUUGCAAAACAAGAAAAAGAAGUCCAGUCACAAGAAAAUAACUGGCUUCCAGUUUGCACCAGGUAGUUCGUCAGAAGUGCUGAUCACAUCCGCAGAUUCGAGAAUCCGAGUGGCUGAUGGUGAUGAACUAGUAUACAAGUUCAAAGGAUUUCGCAACACAAGCAGCCAAAUCUCGGCCUCCUUAACUUCCAACGGAAAAUACAUUCUUUGUGCAAGCGAAGACUCUCACGUCUAUAUCUGGAGAUACGAUGCAGAAACCCAACCCAAUCGAACCAAAGGACUCGUCUCCAUAAAUCAAUCCUAUGAACAUUUCCACUGUCGAGAUGUCACUGUCGCAGUUCCAUGGCCAAGCACCAUAUCAACUCUUCGAAACCUCCAACAUAACUCAACCACGGUCUCAAGAUGCAAUUCUCAAGACCAUGCAAGUAUUAAUCCCUUUGGUGAUAGAGUUACAGCGACUUGGCCUGAAGAGAAAUUGCUUACGUCAUCGAACCAGAGCAGUCCUAGAGAAAGCAUGGAUCUCAGUAGUGGGAGAAUGCAGUUGCAGAGCCGGUCAGCUUGGGGUAUGGUGAUUGUGACUGCCGGUAGAGGAGGCCAAAUACGAACUUUUCAGAAUUUUGGCUUCCCAUUUUAAAAGAUGGGUUAAUUGCCGAUAAACCCCCUGUAGUUUUGCUGUUUUAACUUGCUCCCCUGUAGUUUCAUUGUUGCCAUUGAUUUUGAGAAGGGUAAAGAGUGAAGGGAAAAAAAAAAGAAGCAUAGGGGAGAAAUGCGACGAACGAAACUACGGGGCAGUAAGUUCAAAAUAACUAUAUUAUAAGGCGUCUAUGUGCAAUUAACCCAAUCUAAAGAUCCGAAUCUCGUUCUAAUCUUGUGAAUAGAUUAAGUACAAAAGAUGUGUAUUUUAUUCCAAAUUGGUCCCACCCGGAGGAGGCUUUUAGGAGAGAAAUGUAGAUGGAAGAGGAUGCUUAAAGGCUUCUUUUAGUGGCACUUAUUUUUGGGGGUUGGGAGUUUGAGUGGUCCCCUUUAUAUUUUCCAUUGUUCCACAUUUGUUUUUUUGGUUUUAUUUAUAUUGUUUAUGUAAGAAGGAAAAAAAAUUUAAAGCAACAAAGGAGGUUACGUUUGU